AUGCGCGUUAUUUCGGGAUCUCAGGCUGAUCCUCAGCAGCAGCAGCAACAACAGCAACAGCAACAGCAACAGCAGCAGCAGCAGCAGCAGCAGCUGAGAGCCAACCCCCUCGAUCAACAACCCUCGCUGCUGCUGCCAGAGGCCCAUGCAAAGAACAGGACGCCCACGCCCCACCUGCAGCAGCAGCUGCUGCAGCAGCUCUUGCUGCAGCUGACGGGAGAUCAGCAGCAACAGCAAGCAGCAGCCGACCACAACGCCGCACUUCAGAAUGCAGCUGCGGCGCAGCAGCAACAGCAGCUGCAGCAACAACAGCUGCAGCAGCAGCUGCAGCAACAGUUGCAGCAGCUCCAAAACCAGCAGCUGCAACAGCAAAGGCAGCAAGCACAGCUGCACCAGCCGCAGCAGCUACUGCAGCAGCAGCAGCAGCAAACCGCCGCCCUGCCCACCGAAACCCUCAUGCAAAUACAGCGGCUCUUGGGGGUUUCCGUGUCGCAGGCUGCUGCUGGCCCCAGCGUUCAGCAGCAGCAGGUGCAGCAGCAGCACCCGCAGCAGCGGCAGUUAGGGGCAGUGGAAGAGGCAGCGCGUCGCCUUCCGGAGGAAGCAGCAGCAGCGGCAGCUGCUGCUGCUGCUGCUGCAGCCCCCCACCCUGUAGGUAGGACUCCGGUGAAUCAAGAACCUAUUAAGCUGCUUCGGCAGCGCCUGCAGCAACUGGAAAGAAUGAAGCAGACAAGCGAUCUGCAGCAGCAGCAGCAGCAGCAGCAGCAGCUCCUGCAGCAGCAACAGCAACAGCGCCCCCUGCUGCAGCGCGAGGGUGAGGCUGUGCAGCAUCUCUUAGAUUGCAUCCAGGUGCUGCGGCAUCAGCAGCAAUUGCUGCUGCCUCUAAGAGGGGCAGAUGCUCCUGUUGCUGCUGCUCCUGUUGCUGCACCUCCAGCAGCAGAUAGAGAAAAGCCGCAGCAAUCGCUGCAGCAGCGGCUAAUCAACUUCCUCUCCCAGCAGCAGCGGCAGCAGGGCCGCCUUCUGCAGAUCUUGUCGCAACACCGACAGCAGGAGAGCGGCUUGCAGGAGCUCCCGCAGCAGCAGCAACAGCAGCAACAACAGCAGCAGCUUGAGCAGCACAAGCAGCAGCAGCAGCAGCAGCAGGGGGGGGACUCGCUGCGGCAGCAGAGGGCGAAGCUGCUCAGCCGGAUAGUGAAUUUGCUGCAGCAGCAGCAGCAACAGCAGCCGUCUAGCACUUUAGACAGCGAGGACAGUCAUCAACAGCAGCAGCAGCAGCAUGCGCAUGAAGAUAUCGCAGCAGCAGCAGCAGCUGCUGCUGCUGCUGCUGCUGGCUCCCACAGGGGCCUCGGGGGCCCCCAGCGUGGUGAUAUGGGGGGCGGAGGUUUGGUUAAAGGGGCCCUUGAAGAGUCUCCUUCUUUAGACGGGGAAGAAGGAGGAGCAGCAGCAGCAGCAGCAGCUGCUGCUGCUGCUGCUGCACUGCAGCCAGACGAGCAGCAAGACGUUGCUGCUGCAGCCUUGACACGUCAUUCACUCUCCGGUUUGAAGCCGCUGCUGCAGGCUGCUUUUAAGCUGCCUCAUUUCCCUGUGCAGUCUGCUGGUGUUGGUGGUGCAGCAGCAGCAGCAGCAGCAGCAGCAGGUGGAGCAGGAGCAGCAGCAGGUGCUGGUGCUGCCCCAAGCCCUUUGGGGUCUUGUCUUGCUGCUUGUCUGUCUCCUGCAGCAGAGGAGACAGUUGGACGGGGGUUAAGUUUAGGUUUAGGGGUCAGCGAGUGGCAGAGAGACAGCGGCUUCCUCUUCUGCGAGCUGUCUCGCCUCCUCAGAGCAGCAGCAGAGCUGCCGCCUGAGCCCCUGCUAGAGAGUCUCCUUAGGGUAGACCACCACCAGCAGCAGCAGCAGCAGCAACGCCAGCAGCAGCAGCAGCAAGAACAGGAAAGCAGCAAACAACCAGUCAAGCAGCAAGCAGCUGCACCUGCUGCUGCUGCUGCUGCUGCUGCUGCUGUCAGCAAGGACACCAAGCCCCAACCCGAUGAUGCUUCUCUGUCUCCCCAGCAGAUAUCUGCUGAGUCGGAAGCAGCAGCUGCUAAACCUGCUGCUGCUGUUGCCGAGUCUGCUGAAGAAUCACUUGCUGCUGUGCCUGCAGCAGCCGCAGCUGCUGAAGAUGUUUCUUCAGCUGCUGGCGAACAAGAGGCAGAAGUUGCUGCAGCUGCUGCUGCAACUCCUGCUGCAGCAGAAACUCCUGCAGCAGCAGAUACCCCUGCUGCUGCAGAAACUCCUGCUGCAGCAACUACUGCUGCAGCAACUCAGGCGGAAGCGUCUCCGUCUGCUGCUGAAGAGGGGGUUGGUCCCUCUGCAGCAGAUGCGGCAGCUGGGGCUGCAGCAGACGGAGCUGCUGCUUCUGCUGCUGCUGCUGCUCCUCCUCCUCUCCGUCGGGCGUUGGAGGAGGAGGAGAGUUUAGGCUUCAAGAGCAGCACAAAGGGCCUCGAGGCAGCGGUAGACACCGCAUGCCUAACAACUCGCGACAUAUCUCCUAACCAGCAGCAGGACGUGCAGCAGCAGCAGCAGCAGCAAGAGGUGCAGCAGCAGCAGCAGCAGCAGCAAGACGUGCAGCAGCAGCAGCAGGACCUGCAGCAGCGCGAGCAGCAGCUGCCGCUGGGUGCAUCGGCCGUCGAUUCAGCAGCAGCAACAGCACGUGAGGGUCUGGCAGCGGUGGUAACGGAGGCAGCAUCUGGCGCUGCAGCAGCAACAGCAACAGCAGCAACUGCAGCAGCACCAGCAACAACAGCAGCAUUUAAAGAGGAGCUGCAAAGAGACAUAUUGAGACAGGAGGCCCUCACAGAGGAGACAACUGGGGGGCCUAAUUUUCGCAGUCUGCCUAUGGAGUUUUCGCUCAGUCUCUCUGCUGUCUGUGCAAAGGCGUUGCACCAGUGCGAAGCCGCACAGCUGCUGCUGUCGCCUCCUGUCCAGUGUUGCUGGGAUCGGAUCCUCUCCGUGUUCCAGCCUCAUUGGCAGCAGCAGUUAGAGAAUGAGGCAGCUGCUGCAGCAGCUGCUGCAGACGCAGCAGACGGCACCGCAGCAGCAGCAGCAGCAAAAGGAGCAACAGCAGCAGCAGCAGCAGGCUCUGACGCGGCGGAUUCGAAGCCGUUUUGCAUCAUUUGUCGCUUGCUGCAGCAGCAUGUGGCAGGUAACAGCUCGCCUAACAGCAACAACAGCAGCAGCAGCAGCAGCAGCAGCGGGGCUUCAGCGGGGCCUCUGCAAGACGCCUUCGAGUUGCUGCGGCAGCAGCACCGCCACGUGUAUCUCGAUCCCCAGAAGGUGCCGCAGCCGCUUCUGGAGAAGCACAUGCAAGAGUUGCUGCUGAAGAAGAAAUGCUGCAGCACUGCUGCUGCUCGCAGCACCGGAGCAGCACCACAGAAGAGAGGCCGAGAUGGGCAACAUGCAGCGGACGAGCAGCAGCAACAGCAACAGCAACAGCAGCAGCAACAGCAGCAGCAGCAGGAGUGGAAGAAGCAGCUCCGCAUGGCCAGGGACAAAGGCGCCUUCGAUGUGCAGUGGGCUGACAGCGGCAGCACCUGCAGCAGCAGCUGCAGCAGCAGCAGCAGCAGCGAAGCAGGGGAGCAUGCAAGUGACAGUCUUAGCACUGAGGCUGCUGCAGACAGCCUAUCAGAAGAACCUCUUCUUAUUGCAGCAGCAACUGUGGGGAGAAGCGAGAGAGAGAAGCUGGCGCAGCAUUUCCUGCUGCGGGUCUACGGGAUGGAGACGCUGAGGGCUGUGGAGCGCAAACUGUCUCCGCAUGAAGCCGUCUCGAUCUCCGCUACAGCUUGGACAGUGCAGCUGCCCGGCCCUCCUGCUGCUUCUGUUGUGCAGAAGCAGCAGCAGGAGCAGCAAGAGCAGCAACAACAGCAGCAACAGCAGCAAAAGCACCAGGUCGAGGGGAAGCAGGAGGGUGAAGGGAGUCAAGAGCAACAGCUUCUGGCUGCUGAGCAGCAGGUGGACCAAAGCAGCAGCAGCAGCAGCAACAGCAGCAGCAGCAACAGCAGCAAGACAGCAGAUGCUGCAGCAGCGGAAGCCCCCGCACGUCGUAGCUUUCCAAUUCAAGUGUACGGGUACUACACAGCGUGCUGCCUGGCCCUGGACGCCUUGCAGCAGCAUCGACAAGAGCAGCAGCAACAGCAGCAGCAGCAGCAGCAGCAGCAGGCAGAGGAGGAUUCAAAUGCUUCGCAUGCACCACUGUUUUCUGCUCUUUUGCUGCGGAGACGGCAGUCUCUCGAGGAGGAAUGGUUUGCCUCGACUUGGGGGCCCCUCCUCGCAGACCCUGGGGGCCCCCCGAGUCUGCUGGCGAAGGCCAGCCCCCGCGACAGCAGCAGCAGCAGCAACAGCAGCAGCAGCAGCAGCAGGAGCUGCAGCAGCCAGGUGAUGACAGUCUCAGCCCACGCUAUAAAGGAUGUUACAGAAGACUGCCGCCUGUGGGUGCGGCGGCGUUUGCUGCUGGCGCGAGGAGACAGUUUAAAUAAAAAGGAGACAGGAGAUACACUAGGGGUGCCUUUGUUUGCUGCUGUGAAGCAAGGGGCAGCAGUUGGGGUGUAUAACAGAAAGAGACAGCUGCUGCAGCUGCAAGGGCCCCCUUGGGCUGAGCCGAAGAAAGCCGCAUCUAUUAGAGCCAGUACAGAAGAAAGAUCAGCGGCCCCUGGCUAUGCGCUGCGUCAUCGGCGGCGGCUUCCGGCGUCUCCAAAUUCGCUGGUUUUACGGGGAGGCGUAGAGGAGGGUUGA